AUGCAGCCCGAUUCGCAUGUCGCAGGUUCCCCACUGCCAUCCUCCUCCUACGUGGCUGAUGUGGGCUACCUCGCGGACGGCACUCCUUUGGAGACUGCCGGGAACAACUCCGUGAAGGACGUGCCAGCAUCUCCGCCUGCCGCGGCGGCAGCUGCGUUCGUGGGUUCCAGUUCCAGUGCUCCCGCCACAAUGCCUGCUCCAACAGCAGCUGCACCAGCUGCGCCAGCUGGACCCACCGUGGCUAUGCAUGGGAGGAAGUUCGAGUACAGCUUCCAGAAAGAUGUCUACGCUGAGUUGGAGUUCAGCAACGAUGUCGGCUACUUGCCUGAUGGCACUGCGCUCAACAGGGCAGGGAAUGCGAUCAACCAUCCUGAAAGCAUUGGCCCAGACAAGCACGCUCCAGGAUCUCCAUUGCCAAGGGCCAACUUCAUGAACUCGGUCGGCUACCUGCCGGAUGGCACCCCGUUGAAUGCCGCUGGCAAUGCCAUCAACCACCCCGAAUCGAUGCAGCCCGAUCCGCACACACCAGGAUCACCCUUGCCAACUUCCGUGUACGCGGCUGACGUGGGCUACCUCGUGGACGGCACUCCUUUGGAGACUGCCGGGAACAACUCCGUGAAGGACAUGCCAGCAUCUCCGCCUGCCGCGGCGGCGGCUGCGUUCGUGGGUUCCAGUGCUCCCGCAACAAUGCCCGCUCCAACAGCAGCUGCACUAGCUGCGCCAGCUGGACCCACCGUGGCUAUGCAUGGGAGGAAGUUCGAGUACAGCUUCCAGAAAGAUGUCUACGCUGAGUUGGAGUUCAGCAACGAUGUCGGCUACUUGCCUGAUGGCACCGCGCUCAACAGGGCAGGGAAUGCGAUCAACCAUCCUGAAAGCAUUGGCCCAGACAAGCACGCUCCAGGAUCUCCAUUGCCAAGGGCCAACUUCAUGAACUCGGUCGGCUACCUGCCGGAUGGCACCCCGUUGAAUGCCGCUGGCAAUGCCAUCAACCACCCCGAAUCGAUGCAGCCCGAUCCGCACACACCAGGAUCACCCUUGCCAACUUCCGUGUACGCGGCUGACGUGGGCUACCUCGUGGACGGCACUCCUUUGGAGACUGCCGGGAACAACUCCGUGAAGGACAUGCCAGCAUCUCCGCCUGCCGCGGCGGCGGCUGCGUUCGUGGGUUCCAGUGCUCCCGCAACAAUGCCCGCUCCAACAGCAGCUGCACUAGCUGCGCCAGCUGGACCCACCGUGGCUAUGCAUGGGAGGAAGUUCGAGUACAGCUUCCAGAAAGAUGUCUACGCUGAGUUGGAGUUCAGCAACGAUGUCGGCUACUUGCCUGAUGGCACCGCGCUCAACAGGGCAGGGAAUGCGAUCAACCAUCCUGAAAGCAUUGGCCCAGACAAGCACGCUCCAGGAUCUCCAUUGCCAAGGGCCAACUUCAUGAACUCGGUCGGCUACCUGCCGGAUGGCACCCCGUUGAAUGCCGCUGGCAAUGCCAUCAACCACCCCGAAUCGAUGCAGCCCGAUCCGCACACACCAGGAUCACCCUUGCCAUCUUCCGUGUACGCGGCUGACGUGGGCUACCUGGUGGACGGCACUCCUUUGGAGACUGCCGGGAACAACUCCGUGAAGUUCGCUGCGGAAGCCGAGCAAACCUCGCCAGCUGCGCCGGGCCCAGUGGCUGCGGCGGCCUUCGUUGGCUCUGCCCAAGCUGUCAGAAACGUGCGCCACAGUGUGGGCUUCGCCUAUGGCUUUCAGAAGGAUGCCUACCAGCAUGGGCUAUUAGGCCUUAGAGAAUCCCUAGCCAACCCUAUAAAGGGCCUGUUUAGAGGGGUUAGAGGGUAUACUAGCCUAUUAAGGGCCUUUUUGAGGGUGUUGUAG